AUGGAUAAGAAGUUAGGAUUGUGGGGAGCGUGUGCCUAUUGUAUAGGUGGAAUGAUUGGCUCUGGAGUGUUUUUGUCCUCUUCUUCUAUUCUGCAAUAUACUGGCUCUUAUGGUAUGGCUUUGGCCGUCUGGACUGGGGCUGGUUUGAUAACUGUAAUGGCAGCUUUGGUUUAUCUGGAAAUGGGAACUUCUAUUCCUAGCAAUGGGGGUGGAUUUGCUUAUCUCACAAAGGCCAACUGGUGAGUUUAAAGUAAAGUAUGAGACUAUUAGAUGGUUCAGGUAAUCAUGUGCUUCUUUUAAAGCACGUUUUCGGGGCUACGGGCAAAGAAUUAUUUGAACAACUUAGUAUGUAAACAACUUUUAAAAUAUGUGUUAUAGGCACCCAUUGGCAGCAUCUUUCUUUUGGUUGGGAACUUUCUUUACAUAUCCGGCGACUAUGGCAACGCUUGGAUUAGGAAUGGCACAAAACACUGUUCAAGGCUUGAAAUCAUUUACUGAGUUUGACGACACGACAUACGUGUGCAUUACUAUCUUUACCACAAUAGCUAGCAUUGGUAACUCAUCUUUUUUCUUAUUUUGCCAGAAUAUCGUAUAAAAAUGGCACUGAGUACGCUUAUCUUCUUUUUAGCUUUUAAAUCCCUUAGGCUUAUAUCAAAGUUAUAUUAAUCUAAAUAAAGUAAUCUAUCAAUUCUCAUCUAAAAUCUUAUCAUUUUAGUCCAUUUCAGUAGCCGUGUCAAUUCUGAAUCUUGGUAAAAGUAUCUCCUUCCAAUUGGUAGUUACAGUGGCCAAGGUUAUGGUAAUAACAGUGAUUAUUGCCAUUGGAAUUGGUUAUCUGGUAGCAGGACAUACUCUCGCUUACGACGUUUUGUUUGUUAACAGUACUACUGAUUCACUAGACAUUGUAAUGGCUACCUAUAUGGGCUUGUUUUCGUACAGUGGAUACGAGGUUCUGAAUGUUGUUAUGGGAGAGAUACGACACAAGGUUUUGUAAGUGUAAAAUAACAUUUUGGUUAUUAAGUUUUACUAUGCAAUUUUAAAUGUAAGGUAUUUUUUAUGUAUUAAGUUUUCACAGUAGGUGUUAGGUAGUAUAUGCGUUAUAUAUUUAAAAACUAUUUAUAAUGGUUUUUUCAUUUACCUCUUUUUAGUACAACAACAAUAGCUGGUACUGGUACAGUAAUCAUGGUUAUGUUUGUCUAUUUUUUGGUCAACAUAUCUUAUUUUACGGUGAUCGAUAAGAGCCGUAUACUAAAAUCUACAUCAAUAUCAGCAGUAAGUUACAGUUUUUAAGCCGUAUGAUCUUAUAAAGUUAUCUUAUCAAACUUACAGUGAUUUAGUGCAUUAUAGACAUAUUAUUAUACCUAAGUUUUAUAUACACUACCUACUAUAACAUCAUACAUGGCUUUAAUUUAGGACUUCUUCAACUUAUCGUUGGGUAAAGUGUUUGGUAAUAUUAUGCCAUUUGUGGUUAGCUUUUUGAUGCUUAGUAACAUGAAUACGGUAAUUUUUGGUGGUGGGAGGUAAGUUUUUACUUUGAAAUUUAAAACUAUAUGUCUAUAGCACAUUAUAUUAUUACAUACUAAGCUAAAUUACAUAUACACAACAUCUUUGAAGAUUCAUGGCUACAGGAGCGACUAAUAACAUCUUGCCAUCUGUGAUCGGCUACACCAAUCCAGACCACAACUCUCCACGACUAGCCAUCUUGAUUCAGAUGACUAUAGCUAUUGGUCUAUCGUUUGUGAACAAUCUGUCAUCUCUAAUGUCAUACAUGUCAUUUGCCGAGUUAUUGGACAGAUUCAUCGUAUUGUCAUCAUUUCUCUACAUGAGAUAUAAAGGUACAAAGUUUGCUGAAGGAGCAUAUCACAAUCAUGUCGGUGUUGUAUUGCUCUACUUCGGGAUCUGUGGAGCGUUGUUGACUUUACCUAUUUAUAGAGUAAGGCUUUUUGUUUUAAGCUAUGUUAUUGGGUUGUUCACAUAA